UCAGCCAGAAGGACCGGAGUCCCAGCGGCAGUUCAGGAGAGUCUGAGCGGGGAAUUCUGCGUCCAAUACGGGAGAACUCAAAACGGGCAUCCGCGAUGAGUUGGGGAACGGAGCUCUGGGACCAGUUUGAUAAUCUGGACAAACACACUCAGUGGGGGAUCGACUUUCUGGAGCGCUACGCAAAGUUUGUCAAGGAGAGGCUGGAAGUAGAGCAAAACUACGCCAAGCAGCUACGGAACUUGGUGAAGAAAUACUGCCCAAAACGCUCUAAAGAUGAGGAGCCAAGGUUCACAUCAUGUCUGUCCUUCUACUCCGUACUGAAUGAACUCAAUGACUAUGCCGGUCAGAGGGAGGUGGUGGCGGAGGAGAUGGCUCACAAAGUGUAUGGAGAGCUGAUGAGGUACAGCCAGGACCUCAAAGCUGAGAGGAAGCAUCACCUACAGGAGGGCAGGAAGGCUCAGCAGUAUUUGGAUCAUUGCUGGAAACAGAUGGACAACAGUAAAAAGAAGUUUGAGAGAGAGUGUAAAGAAGCAGAGAAGUCCCAGAUAACCUACGAUCGGUUAGAUAAUGACAUCAACGCUACCAAAUCGGAGGUGGAGAAGGCCAAAGCCCAGUUCUACCUGCGCACUCACAUGGCUGAUGAGAGUAAGAACGAGUACGCUGCUCAGCUGCAGAACUUCAACGCAGAGCAGUGGAAACAUUUCAACAACGCCAUACCACACAUCUUCAAGAAUCUGCAGGACAUGGACGAACGCCGAACGGUGAAGCUCGGAGAGACGUACCGGAGCUUUGCCGAGGCCGAGCGAAGAGUCAUUCCAAUCAUCUCAAAAUGUCUAGAUGGAAUGGUUUCUGCUGCCAAAGCUGUCGAUAUGCGAAAGGAUUCAUCCAUCGUUGUGGAGUCGUUUAAAUCAGGCUUCGAUCCUCCAGGCGACUUCCCCUUCGAAGACUUCAGUCAAAAUUUGAGCAGAACAGGUUCAGAUGGGACCAUCAGCAACACACCCAAAGGAGAGAGAGACAGAGAUGGGGCCCCGGGGCCACGACAAGACCCAAAACACCCCAUGAGCAGAACCAAGAACAAACUGUGGCUGUUUGGGAAGAAACCAAAGGCCCCAUCUUUGGAGGAUUUCAGCCACUUACCCCCCGAGCAGAGGAGGAAGAGGCUGCAGCACAGGAUCGACGAACUCAGCAAAGAGCUCCAGAAAGAGAUGGAUCAGAGAGACGCCCUGAACAAGAUGAAGGAUGUGUACGAGAAGAAUCCACAGAUGGGAGACCCCAACAGCUUGCAGCCCAAAAUAUCAGAGACCAUAUGCAACAUGGAGAAACUGCGCUCGGAAAUUCACAAAAACGAGACUUGGUUAUCUGAGGUGGAGGGAAAGCAGAGCUCCAGAGGUGACAGAAGACACAGCGCUGACAACCACCAUCACACUCCUCAAGGCAGGGAGAGUCCUGAGGGCAGUUACACAGACGACACCAGUCAGGAGCAUCACAAACCUCAGCAGCGCUCCAGUCCUCCACAGCCCGGGCAACCCAACCCCGACCCGCACGAGUUUGAUGACGAAUUCGAUGACGACGACCCGCUGCCCGUCAUCGGACACUGCAAAGCGCUCUACUCCUUCGAUGGUCAGAAUGAGGGGACACUGGUGAUGGCAGAAGAUGAGGUGUUGUACAUCAUCGAGGAGGAUAAGGGCGACGGCUGGACGAGGGCGAGGAAGCAGAGCGGAGAGGAAGGCUACGUCCCCACCUCCUACGUAGAAAUCACCAUGGAGAAAAACAGCAAAGGUUCCUGAGGGCUGCAGGGUGGCCGGGCGAUUUGAUUGGCUGGUGGAGGGCUCACGCUGAUUGCUGAUUAUUAUUGGUGGUGGUGGUGGGGGUGACCCAAAAAAGAGAAUAAUGAGGGGAUAAAGGGGGGUAGAGAGGGAAAGAGAGGGAUGGGAGACAGGUUUGCAUGUCUGCAUGCUCACAUAUCCAUAAUCAGCAAAGCAUUGUGGGUUAUUAGAGGAAGAGGGGAGCUUCAUAAGUAGAAGACAAGAUGACCAAAAAGACACUAAUGACAUUUAAUAGCUUAAGAAGUGGCAGCCGCUUCAGAAGUCCCGUUCUAAAGUGCAGGAGAUAUUUUUGACAAGUUGCAAAAGUUUGACACUUCAGCAGCAGGGGACAUUUGUGCUCGUCCACAGCGGUGAGGACCACAUUCCCUCUGCUGUGAUGCUGGAUUGCAAGAUGAAGCAACUAUCAGACAUUGAUGAGAAAAAAACUGAAGGUGCAACUUGUCACUUCCUGUUUUUUUAAGGGUCUUAAACCUUUUGAAAUCUAUGCAAAUUGACAUGAAUUCUUUCAAAGGCAUGAGAGGAAAAGAAGGCAAUGAGCAACUUAAUUAAAAUAGGCCAAAAAAAAUUGCAAGAAAUUU